AACUAUGAGAAGCUUUUUUCUCAGGUUAUCCUCUGAGCAGCUGUGACCGCCGGACACAGACACAGACACAUCCACACUUGUUGUCAACCUGCAACAAACAUGACAUCCAAAUCACUGGCUUAUGUCUUUUUUCUGUCUGCCCUGCACACUUGCUCUCUGACAAUCGAGUACGAAGAGGAAUACGAGGAUGUCACCGUAAACCAAAUGUUGGCUCCUAAAUCACAAGAAACAGACGCCACGGAAAUACUCAACAAUUUACUGAAAGAAUACGACAAGAAACUGCGGCCGGAUAUUGGAGUUAAGCCAACAGUCAUAGACGUGGACAUAUUUGUGAACAGCAUCGGACCAGUGUCAUCAAUAAAUAUGGAAUAUCAAAUAGACAUCAUCUUCGCCCAGACGUGGAUAGACAGCCGUCUCAGAUACAACAGCACCAUGAAAAUAUUGACUCUGAACAGCAACAUGGUGGGACUCAUUUGGCUGCCCGACACCAUCUUCAGGAACUCCAAGAACGCAGAUUCACACUGGAUUACAAUGCCCAACCAGCUGCUGAGGAUAUGGAACGAUGGGAAGAUACUUUACACCUUGAGAUUAACAAUAAAUGCAGAAUGCCAGCUGCAGCUGCACAACUUCCCGAUGGACGAACACUCCUGUCCGCUCAUCUUCUCCAGCUAUGGAUACCCGCGAGACGAGAUGAUUUACAAGUGGAGGAAGAACUCCGUGGAGGCGGCGGACCAGAAGUCCUGGCGUCUCUACCAGUUUGAUUUUAUGGGCCUGAGAAACACUACGGACAUAAUAAAGACCACGGCAGGUGACUAUGUGGUGAUGACGGUGUACUUUGACCUGAGCAGGAGAAUGGGUUACUUCACCAUCCAGACGUACAUCCCCUGCAUCCUCACCGUGGUCCUCUCCUGGGUUUCCUUCUGGAUCAAAAAAGACGCCACGCCAGCCAGAACGGCUUUAGGUAUCACCACAGUGCUGACCAUGACCACCCUCAGCAGCGUGGCCCGGACUUCUCUGCCCAGAGUGUCUUAUGUCACCGCCAUGGACCUUUUUGUCACCGUCUGCUUCCUGUUUGUCUUCGCUGCUCUGAUGGAGUACGCAACAUUAAAUUACUACUCAUACAGCACUCGAAGACCCAGCUGCAUGCACCCGAAAAGAUCGAACUAUUCAGUCCUGGAUGUGAGACCCCAACACACCACCAUCACUUUAAACAACUCCCUGUACUGGCAGGACUUUGAGGACGCUUGUGUCUACGAGUGUUUGGACGGAAAAGACUGCCAGAGCUUCUUCUGCUGCUUCGAGGAGUGUAAAGGCGGAAGGUGGAGGAAAGGACGUCUCCACAUAGAUUUACUCGAACUGGACGCAUACUCACGUGUCUUUUUUCCCACCUCCUUCUUACUGUUCAACAUUGUAUAUUGGGUGGGUUAUCUCUACCUUUAGCACUCUGCAGGAUCAGUUCAACUAAAGAAUUGCAAGAUGAAUAAAGAGGUAACACCAAAUAAACUCUUUCCUGUGGUACCUGAAGCAGUAGCCUGGAGACAAACGGACAGGACAAGCCUGUGCCAAGAAGAGAUUUCUGCCUUUGUGACUUCAGGUAUGAGAAUACAACACAAUACUGACUCCCUUUAACAUGCUGUACACAGAGGAGGAUGGACUGUGUGCUAAUGACGAUCUGAAGACAAAGAGGGAAAUGUGCUUCGCACUGCUCCCUGAAAACUUCUCAAUCAGGAGGAUGACUUAUGUUGUAGGGAGAGUACCGGCACGUUAUUAUCCAGCCAUCAGUCAAAUCCAGUUGAUGAAAAUCCAAGGACAUUCAAACCAUUCAUAGUGCCUUCCUCUGGAGGGGUAGAUAGUAUCUGCUACAAUAAUCAGGGAAUAAUGAUUUAUAUGAGAAAAAAGAAGAGCCUGGCUUUGACUGAUUAUGGCUGUUCUCAUUCGGCGCUUUGAGGUACAUUUAUAAAACAGCCAUUUGUUGUAACAACUUCAUGAAAAAUCAUUCGGGUUUUAUCUCUUCUCACUUACUUUCAGCCAUUAGUCAUGACUCAUUCCUCCUGCAUGCUACACUAUAAGCAGCCCCUGGAGCCUACACUGUAAUACGUAAAGUGGUUUCCAGGGAAGAGGAGUUGGUGUGAAUUAACCUUACAGCAGAAUUUAUAUGUGCUUUAUUGUCUUAAUUGUUUUAGGUUUAGUUAUGCUUGUGUUCAUACAGACACAUGUUGACAUUCAGGCACAGAUCUCUCAUCAGACACAAAACAACACUUUAAUGUAAAAGUCCCUUUAUUAAAUGCUGUGGGGUCAAUCCUGCACAGGGCACCAACUGUGACAUAUUCUUUUAGGAAUUGUUUUCAGAUUAUUUCUUAUAAACGUUUACUUUACUUCCUUUCUCACAGUCGGAUAAGAAGAAUGAUACCACGCUCAUGUAAUACUAGCCUUUGGUUACCUGCCAGUUUGCCCGGCUGAGCAUAAAACCUGAAGCAUGCUGACACUUCUCCUGAUUCCACAAAUUGUUAAGAUCUGUUAUUACAUUAAAAGUGUUUUAGCCUGAAUUUCUAGGAAUGAUUCACGAGUUGUGAAAAACAUAAAACUAUGGCUUAAUGUAAUUAAGGACAGGGAGAAAAACACAGCAGUUCCUUUUCUCUACAAACUACAUUGUCAUAUAUGGACUCUGUGUGAUGAAGCACCCGGGGAACAAAGGCAACCAUGGGUGUAGUUCGAUUUCAUUUCGAUUUGAUGUACUGUCGUUGCAGUGCAGCCACUUCUUGCCAGAGCUCUGAACACAAACUAGCUGAAGUGAAAAGGCAAGAACUGGGUGUUUGAUUUUCUUCCUCUGUGAACAAAGUGCACAAAUGAAAUAUAAUGGCUGGCAUUAGCACUUCUCCGCAGGCACAAAUGUGAUAAUCACACUCGUUAGUCUUUGUCUCGGUUGGUUCUAGUUUAAAGGCAACUGACAAAUUAACAUGAUCCUGAGGAAGUUGUAAAUUAACCACGAUAGACUUAUAGUUUAAAUAUUUACUGUUUAUUUUAAUUUGAUUUCCCUUUGUUUGGAUUUGGCAUUAGCAACCGUUGAAUUGCCUUAGUGUAGCCAGCCUAGGGCUGAGAUGAACACAUAUUUACCUCUGAUUAUAACCUCAGCAUGGUGAAAACAUCACCUCAAUGAAGGCUACUUCUUUGCCCGGGGCAGUGAGAAGAACUUUUUAUAUCCCUUUUUCAAGUUUUGUUUCUAUUACUUUUGUUUUGUACUGUAUGUACCAAAUAUUUCACAUAUGUGCCCAGUACAUUUUGUUUUCUGAGAACAGCCCCACAGUAAAUUGGUUACACUUGAUGUUUUGAUACUUCACAUACAGUAAUGGUGUAAUGGUGUGGUGGACAAAAUGUGUUUUGAAUGUUGCUUUUGACUUGUGGAGUAUUUGACAAUUGCUGGUAAUGAUGCUGCAUUUACAUUGUGGCUAUAUGAAUGCAAUAGAUAUGAAAGUGAAUGUUUAUUAGCAGGAGAACAGUACAGCUAGCACUGAUAUGAAGUGCCCCAACUGUGCCUAUACAGACAAACAAGAUGCUGUAUGAAAAUGGAUUGAUAACUGAAAGGGGAGUUGAUGGUUAAAAUCUGAUAUAAAGGCAUAGCUAAAUGGAAUUAGCACUUCCUCGCUAAAAAAAAGAAAGAUAAGAAAAUGUAAUGAUGAUUAAAUUGGAUAGGUGCAAAAUUCCAUCCAGUUUGAUAGCAUUAUAAGAUUCCUGUCAGGCAGCUUAGUUUAAUAAUAUAAUGCAAUAAGACACUUAAAACUCUAACCGUUGUUUCUUGCCGUUUUUGUUUGCUAACAUUGCUUUUUGAUAAUGUCACAAGACACGCACAAAUGAAAAUGAUAUCUUCACGUGAUUAAAUUGGAUAGGUGCAAAAUUCCAUCUCACAGUGGCAUCUAAUUACUGUAUAAAUUGGCCCACUGUUUAAUAGCAUUAUAAGAUUGACAAAAAAUCCUAGCUAACAGUUCCUAGCAGGCAGUUCAUUUAGCCCACAAAAUGCAAAAAGAUGCUUAAAGCUUAAAAAACAAAUAGAUAACAUUGCUGUUUAAUAAUGUCAAAAGACACUAACAAACGAAACUGAUCAAUUAGAUAGCUGUUAAAUUCUAACUUACAUUUGCACAUUAUUCUUUAAAUAAAACCAUUUGAUGCUUUACUAAGUAAGAAAAGUGUACACACCUAGCUAAAGGUAAUAGCACUUUCUAGUUUAAAUAAAUUGGAUGGGUUUAAAUUCUUGCUUCUUGGAACAAUACAAUUUGCUAGUUUUACAAUAACAUGAAAAAGUCAGGAAUUUCAAUCAUCAUACAUUAUUUCAAUGCUAACUUUAGCCUCCUUUUUGAUGGUAUGACAUGAUGUAGACAUGUUUACCUCACAGUAGCACCUAUUUCAAGCUAACAAUACAGUUUUUUAUAGUUUUAAAUAUAGGACAAGAAUGGUAUAAUUCAUGCACAUUAAUCAACAUAUUGGCAAUAUGCACCUCUGUAAAUAUGCUAGAAUUAGCACAAUAGCUAAUUUUCAUCCUUAGGCCUAAAAUAGGCCUACUAACAAAAAACAUGACACAGUUAGAAAGGAGUAAAAAUCCAGCUAUUGCACCUAUUCCUAGCACCAAAUACUGUUUGAUGGUCCUGUAAGAAAGGAAGUCUACUUUGCUAAAAUAAUAAUAAUAGGAAGUGGACUGACACCUCUCCAGCUAUCAGGCCAAUUUACUGAUUUGGUCCGUGCCGGGACCUGAACUGGCGGCCAUCCAAUUCCAAACCCAAGUCCCUACAGACUGAGCUACUGCCAUCCUAAAUGUCAUACUUUCUAGCUUACACUAAUGCUACAUUAUUUUACAAAAGACAAUGAUAUAGCAACUCCUCCUAGCUUAAACAAGUGUUGGAAAUUUCAAAACUAUAUGUUAAUAAAGGAAGUAACACCAUUUUGUGGCUAACAACACCAGUAAAUAGGUUUACAUUGAUAUGGAAGGAAAGGCUUAAAUGCCUUGCUAACUGAAAUGUUAGCCUGAAAGAGGUUAAAUGCUAAUGUUAGCGGAAUCUUUCAGUUGCUAGUAAAUGUGGGAUCAGAGAAAUGCUUGAAUGAAACACUUACUCAGCUUGACUAUGUUUAUAUAAUUUACAAACUGAUCUAAUUUAUAAAGAUUAGUUUGCUUCAAAGCUUCAAUAAUCACUAAAUUGAUCAUCAUUUUAACAAAAUUGAAAACAAAGGCUGUGUCCAAAACCGCAUUUCAUACUCGAUGAGAUGUCAAAUUGAGUAUGUGGCACGAUCCGAAAUCUUUGAAUGCAAUUUUGUGUAAAGAAGACAUGCCUGCAUGGACAGCAGCCUAUAAUAGUUUUUUUUUUAUUAUUUUACAGUAGCACACUGAUCAUAGUAAACUGCCCCCAAAUACAUUGCAGCUCUCAGACGUCGGAGCUCACCAGCAAGCCUGCUAGUGUGAAACAAAUAAAUAACUGUAAUGUAAUGUUUUAUAUGUUGUCAAAUAAUAUUAAAAUUACUACGUAACUGAAUUCAUAAUGAAUGGAUCUAUUUUUUUGUUAGAUUCUAUUUAUUCUUGAUGCUAGCUUAUCAAACAUAGCUUUAACCGGAGGGACGUCACAUGACCCGUACUUAAGCAUGCUGCAAACCAUAUAUUAAGGAUCGAGAUAGCAGGCAGUAUACUGUUUGAGUAUGUAGUAGGCAGUAUGUUAAUUUGGGGUUUCGGACACAGCCUAUGUUUUUUUGGCCACAAUGUGAAUGCAAAACUUCUGUUCGAUAUCACAUUAGUCUGUGUUUAGAGGUGAUUAAUGAUUGUUCAUUACUCUGUGGACCACAGAUUUUUCUUUGUACUGAGGCCCUUCCACUAACAAAUGGAGGGUGAUGCAAUAAGGUAAUUUGAUUGGUGCUAAACUUUACAAUAACUUGUACAUUUCCAUGAAAGGAUGGAAAGCAACUCAAUAAGCCAACAUUAGACAACGAACAGAUAGGAGAGGCGUGAGACAGGCUGGUUUAUAUGAACCCAUUUGUAUGUUUGUAUUGUGCAAGUAUGAACUUUCAACAGCGCCUUGAUUGUUAAAAUCAUAGGACCUUUGACUUACUCAUUCUGGUCUGACUCAGUGUUAAAAAUAGUAUGGAAAACACUAGCACAGCAGCAGCAUGCAUAAAAAAGUACUCACUUACUUAUUGUAAGUAACAAUAUCAAGAGUUGAAUAUGCAGCUCAGUCUUACAACAGAUCCUGAAAGAGUCAUCACAUUUAUCAAUGUUCAUGGACAUAAAUUUCCCUUUUAUUCCCCUUUCAGUCAGCCAAAAUUUCUGUAUUUUUGCUAAGCAUAUUUUAUCCGUUUAUGGAAGUCAAGGGAUCUUAUGUAAACCCUGAAAGUUAGCGAGGUUUGAGAUCAGAAGAACCCUCAGAGGAAAAUGGUCAACCGUUGUAUUGAAAUGCUUGAGUUUAAAAUUCUGGGCAAUAUCAUAUAAAGAGGGAAAUUUGUUUCCAUACACAAAUCUAUUCUGUUUUCAUGAACAUAUCAACAACUACCAUGCGACCAAGAUGCUACAGAGCAUGGUCAGUCUAGGUCCCUAUUCUUUAAUUUUCUGUUAGAUCUUUUGACAUUUAUCUGUAGAUUGGAGUCGUUGUGCAGGUGUUACCUUUGACCUAUGAGUUUACAAAAAACAAGUACUCAUCUCAUGAUGAAGCUUUUUCUGUUGCCAGGUUUUAGAUCCAGACAAAAUGAAUUCAAUGUGUUUAAACUGACUUAAAAGAUUUACUGUUUGGAGCCUUCGCCGUUCUCAUCUGAAGAUGACAAAACCCCUAUUCUGCCCUCCCUGAUAUUUCUUUCAUCAUCUUUUUUGAACUGGACAGUUCACAUUUCUCAAUGUUACCUUCCAGGCUCUGGGAGAGCAAAGCAGGUAAACACAGGGAGGGAUUCGGCUGGGAUUUGAUCUCAGACCAGUACGGACAUGUGUGUUGCUCCUGACUGAAACAGUGAAUGAGCUCUGGGCAUCCACUCAUCUGUGCUGAGGAUCAGCAGGAUUAUGCAGAUGGGCAUGUGGGAGACCGACAUUUAGACAUGAAACUUAUCUGUCGGUCGCUGAUGUGCUAUAAAUCCCUACCAACAAAGCAGUUUUUGUGAUUUAGACAUUUGGUAUUAAAGGCUUGAGAGUUCUGUGACAAAAACACAUUUGUUGCUCUGUUAUGAAAGUCUGAUAGAAAAUUAUUUUUAUCAACAAUUUCAAUAAAACAGACU